UAGUCCUGUCAAUCUGGGGCAGCUAUCUGACUAUCUCAUGAGGACUAGUGAGGACUAGUAUUAAGUACGGGGAAUUUCAGACAAGAAAGUAUAUUGGUUUUCGUGUAUUCUAUCUAGUUCGUUUUUAUUUUCAUUUGCCAAGAUAAGAUCAAAUUGCCACCGACGUCAUGGAUCGAUCUUCCUUGAGUCUCACCUACAUCAGCCAAAAUGUCUGUGCAGUUGGAAAAGACGUCUUCGAACAAAGUUUUUGAAGGAGAGCUUGCAAAGUAUAAAUUCAAGUCUGCUGCGUUAGGCGGGCUCUUUGCGAAUUUUAAUCUUUUCAUUCCGCCAAAUGCCAGCGAGACAACAAAAGUACCUGUACUGGUAUAUCUAUCUGGCUUGACUUGCACUGAGGACAACGGAGCCCAGAAAGGUUCGUUCUUGGGACCUGCAUCCGCUCAAGGAAUCGCUAUUCUCUUUCCCGACACUUCCCCUCGCGGAGCAGGCAUCGAAGGCGAGGAUGAUAACUGGGAUUUCGGGACAGGGGCAGGUUUUUACAUCAAUGCGACCAACCCCAAGUACUCAAAGCAUUAUAACAUGUACACUCACGUUACAAUGGAGCUCCCAGAGAUCAUAGAAGCAGCUGGCCUACCUAUCGACUGGAAACGCCAAUCGAUCUUUGGUCAUAGCAUGGGAGGACACGGAGCUCUAACGCUGUAUCUUUCGUCGACUACGAAACAAUACAGAUCUGCGUCUGCCUUUGCUCCAAUUUGUAACCCUACCAAAUGUCCUUGGGGCGAAAAGGCUUUCAGUGGUUACCUUCAGGGAGGCGUCGAAGAGGCCAAGGGAAAAUAUGACGCGACUGACCUGAUUUCGGCCUACAAAGAGCCGGUACACAUCCUUAUCGAUUAUGGAACUGGUGACAACUUUUAUAAGGCGGGUCAGCUUCUUCCAGAAAACUUCCUCAAGGCAUCAAGGGAAGCCGGUCACGACGAGUUUCAAGUUCGCGUAAGGAGCCAGGAGGUGUAUGAUCACAGCUAUUAUUUCAUUUCGACUUUUGCUGCUGAUCACAUCCACUUCCAUGCCAAUUUCUUGAAAGCAUGAAAGGAGGGAAGCAAGAAGCUGAACGUAACUUUACUGUAUCGUUUGUAUUUCGUGCACUUGUCUAUGAUAAUAAUAUGCAAACUGUGCCAAAGAGUGGAAAUA